AGAGUCUGGCCGGAGCUGUCAGAACCACGCCUAUAGGGGCCCACAAUUGGUCCAGAAAGCGUAAAAUCAGCAAUCAAAGGGGCUUGGUUCAUUAGUGCUGGGGAUGGAGGCAGGAAGGACAUGUGAGAUAGUAACAGAUCAGCAGUGAACAGGGCCACAUCUCUUCAGUCAGGGUGGAAUGACUGAAGUAGAGGAGACAUAGCGCAGCCGGGCUGAGCCGUCACAGCGCCGCCGACACUGAAGGACGCAGCCGAGGAACCGAAGGAGGAAAAAAGACAUCAGCAGCAACUCUAGUCUGGUUUUUUCUACCCGACAACACGUCGAGUGUUUUGGCAAGAGGCUGCAGCCGUCUGCGCCGCUUUAAAGAAAUUAUCUGCCGUCGAAGCGCAGAGCUACACUGGCUCCGGGUCGGGGCGGAGAUACCACUAAAACAUCCAUCGUUGUUUCACUUCGCUUUUUGUGGAUGCACCGAUGAGAGAUCCAGUUUUCACAGGGACUGCGAUGGCUUAUCACCCUUUCCACCCACACCGGCCGACCGACUUCCCCAUGUCCGCCUUUCUAGCGGCCGCGCAGCCUUCCUUCUUCCCGGCGCUCAGCCUUCCUCCCGGGGCGCUCACCAAGCCUAUCCCGGAGCACGGCCUGGCCGGGGCGGCGGAGGCUGGACUCCACCCGGCCCUCAGCCACCAUCAGGCGGCUCAUCUGCGCAGCAUGAAGAGCCUGGAGCCCGAGGAGGAAGUGGAUGACGACCCAAAAGUAACCCUGGAAGCCAAGGAUCUUUGGGACCAGUUUCAUAAACUCGGAACGGAGAUGGUUAUUACCAAGUCUGGAAGAAGGAUGUUUCCCCCGUUCAAGGUGCGGAUAAACGGCCUAGAUAAAAAAGCCAAAUACAUCCUGCUGAUGGACAUCGUGGCGGCGGACGACUGCCGCUACAAGUUCCACAACUCUCGCUGGAUGGUUGCGGGCAAGGCCGACCCGGAGAUGCCCAAGAGGAUGUACAUCCACCCGGAUAGCCCGGCCACCGGCGAGCAGUGGAUGGCCAAGCCUGUUGCCUUCCACAAACUCAAGCUGACCAACAACAUUUCGGACAAGCACGGAUUUGUCCAGACCAUCCUGAACUCCAUGCACAAGUACCAGCCCAGGUUCCACAUAGUGCGGGCCAACGACAUCCUGAAGCUGCCCUACAGCACCUUCAGAACCUACGUGUUUCCGGAGACUGAGUUCGUGGCGGUGACAGCCUACCAGAACGACAAGAUAACGCAGCUGAAAAUUGACAACAACCCUUUCGCUAAAGGAUUCAGAGACACGGGCAACGGCAGGAGAGAGAAAAGGAAACAGUUGACCAUGCCUUCGCUGCGGAUGUAUGAGGACCAAUGCAAAGCGGACCGGGAGGGCGCGGAUUCGGACGCCUCCUCCAGCGAGCCUCAGGCCGGCCGGGAUGCAGUCCACUCCCCGCUGGGCGCCAGCACCAGCCCGCUGAGGUUCAGCAGGCCCAGCCGAGAUGAGAAAACACUCACGGACAGUGAGCAGGAGCUGGAGCAGCAGGACGAGCGCUGCACAGGCUCCAACAGCCCAGGGACUGAACCUGUGUCCCCUUACAGCUCCAGGUGUGAGGAGCGUGUGAGGGACCGGCCCAGUGCCGAGAAGAAGGAUGAAUCCAUAUUCAGUAUAAGGAACCUAGAGAAGGACAAAGCAGAGAGCAGGCACAGGAAGGACACCACAGAGGUGUUGACUAAGGACGCUGAGGCUGGAGGCACUGCUGCCACUAAGGACACAUUCUCCCCUCUAGUGGUCCAAACUGAGAGCCCCUCGCACUUCAGCCCAGGUCACCUACAAAGCCUGGCUCUGUCUGGGCUCCACAGUCAGCAGUUCUUUAACCCCCUGAGCACCGGAUCGCCGCUUUUGUUUCAUCCCGGCCAGUUUGCCAUGGCCCCUGGAGCCUUUUCUGCUAUGGGAAUGGGGCAUCUAUUGGCCUCUGUUUCAGGAGCAAGUGGUUUGGAAAAUGGCAGCCUCUCUGCCCAGGGCACAGGAGGAACUCCUAACCCUUUCCCCUUCCAUCUGUCUCAGCACAUGCUUGCCUCUCAGGGCAUCCCCAUGCCUCCUUUUGGAGGUCUUUUCCCGUAUCCGUACACCUACAUGGCAGCUGCAGCAGCUGCAGCUUCGGCCUCGGCGCUCCCUGCGACCAGCACCUCCAGCCCGCUCUCCAGAAAUCCCUUCCUGGGCUCGUCCCGUCCCCGCCUACGCUUCAACCCCUACCAGCUCCCCGUGUCGCUGGCCCAGAGCUCCAGCCUCCUCACUACCGGCCUGCCCAGCGGCCUCAGCCUGGGCAACGAGUCAUCCAAACCUGGCAGCAGGGAGAGCAGCCCGGCCCCAGAUCACCACAGCAACCAUAAGACAGGGGGAUUGGGUGGAAGGGUUGCCUCUCCCAAAACCUCCAUGAAGGACUCUGUAAACGAGCUGCAGAGCAUUCAGAGACUGGUCAGUGGCCUGGAGGGCCAGCGGGAACCCUCUCCCACUGCAGACUCUCCAAAGUGAUGAGGACUUUGUGUCUGGGGUGAAGACUACCAGAGAACUUUGGGUGCAUAUGUCCUGUACAGCACAUCACAGACACUGACAUGAGAGGUUUGACAGACGAGAGUCUAUGAAGGCUAAUUACAAAAAUAUUUUCAGAACAAAGCUGCGGGUACACAAAGAUAUAGUCUGUCAUUAUAAGAAAUCUUUUUUCUUUUUUUUUUUUUUUUUUUACUUCACAAGUAUUGAAGGUUUCCUACCGUGCUGACUGGUUUACAGAGAAAAUCUCUCUAAGACAUUUUCACCACAACCACUGAGUCCUGCUGUUUGACACCCUCUGCCCAAACCCACCAGGUACAUCAUCGUGCUUUUUUACAUGAGCUCAGAAUGAUUUGAAAAAUACGAAAUUACAGCAAUAGAAAUCAAAUAUCUUAUCAAAAAGUUAACCACUUACGUUCAAGGACGUGGAGCAGAGAGUAGCUUUGGCAUGUGGUCAUGUUAGGAUAAACCACAGAGGGGCCUGGAGGGGCCCAGAGGGGCACGCACAUAUAUGAAGCAUUUGAAGCUUUCAGCAUCCAACUUUUUUUCUUUAUUUUUAAUAUAUUGUUUUGUUUUGUUUUGUUUUGUUUUGUUUUGUUUUUUUGUUCUGUUUUGUUUUGUUUUGUUUCUCUCUCUCUUUUAUUUUUUAUUUUUUGCAAAACCGACCCUGGAACAGGAGCCUCAUGACGGCAGGUCUGCUUAUUUCACAAAAAAGGGAUGGAAGGUGAAAAUUCCGUCUGACAGAGACUAACCGCUCAUCAUUUCAUGCCAGAAAUAUUCUUGCUGAACUAUUUAUGUAAUUAAAAAUUUCUGUAAAUAAAUCUAAGAUCAAGAAUAUGCAAUUGGUAUUAAUUUAUUCAAUGCUGUAUAUUAGCGUGUAUAUAUACUUUUUUUUUUUUGUCGUUUCCCUUCCUGAUCCCCCUUCUCGUUGACCCUCACCUCCCUAUGCUAAAUGAACAUAUACUGUAAAUUGGAGAUAUUUAGCGCUUGUUGGUUUGGAAAAAAAAACAAACAACUGUAUGGAGUAUCGCAAUUUUUUUUUAAUUGUAAUAUUAUUUUAGGAGAUGAGUGUGCCAUGUUUUUGUCCACAUCCACAAACAAACAGCGAGGAACGAGAAAGAAAUCCGCAAGGAUUCAAAGAAGGAAAAAAAAACUCACCUCAGGUUAUUUUAAUAAAGUCAGGAGUUCCUCUUAUGUGCGCAACAUUCAUGCUCAUGAAUUUAUUUAAAGAUGGAACUGUCUUGUUUAUGCUGGUUUUCCUCUUUUUUUGAGUUGUCUCACACUUUCAAUAAAAAAAAAUCGUUGUGAUUAAA